AUGCUCCAGCUGCAAUUCCAUCAUUUUGAGAUCUAUACGCUCCUCGAAAAGCUAGCAAAGCAAGGAAAUACAUACCGUACCGUCGAGGUCUUGUGUUUCAAAGUCAAAGCCAAAGCCUUACCAAUACCUCCAAAUCUCGAGAGGUCCAACGCCAACGCCGACGAUGGGCAUGAAUUGCUUGCAAAGGAGCAGGUGGAAGCUGCCAAGGCCAAAGCUGCCAAGGCUGAAGCCGACAAAUUUGAAGCCGAACGACGGCGACAGGACGCUGCGGGGAUCAACAGUGGGCUGAGUGAUGUGCCGACCAUAAGACUGUUGUCAACAGCUGGGGAUGUCGCGAGGUUUAGGAGAUUGGGAUUACAAAGGUAG